AUGAUUAAUAGUAAUAAUGAUGAUAAUAAUCGUUUUGAAAUAAUUUAUCGUUCUGAAUAUGAUGAUGUUAAUUUUCGAUGUGAUUUAAAUGAUGUUGCUUGGUGGAAAAGACCAAAUUUAUUAGCAACAAGAUAUGGUGUUAUUCUACCAAAAUUUCGUUCAAAAAUAUUUUUUGAACAAAUUAAUGAUAAUAUUAAUUCACAAAUAUUAAAUAUUCGACAAUUAAAAUCGAAUGAUUCAGGAAUUUAUGAAUGUGAAACACUUGGAGCUAUUCGACAAUUUAAUUUAAUUGUUUUAGUUCGUCUUACAACUGUUGAAUUUGGUGCUCAAUUAAUAUCAUCAUACGAUUCAACAAACAAUCAUAUAUCAAAUCAAACUGAUCAUAAUCUCUUACAUCAAUCAUUAAGAUCAAAUAAUGGAUCUAUAUAUUUACGUGAACAUGAAUUAAUACGUCUUACAUGUGUAGUCUCACGAGCUUUACCAGCUGCUAUUCUUCAUUUUCCAUUUCAUAUUGAUUAUUAUAUUGAAAGAAAUUCUACAAUAGAAAACGACGAUAAAACAUAUCGAACAAUACUUAUUUUAAUUCUUCGUAUAAAUCGUUAUUUUCAUAAACGUAUAUUUCAUUGUGAAGCAACACAAAUAAAAAUACAUGAUAAUGAUAAUCAACAAGAACAACAUCGAAUUCUUUCCAAUAUUCUUCAACUGGAUGUUGCUUACAGUCCAAUAUGUUCUCGUAAGAUAUCAUUUGUGCCUGAAUUUUCUACUGGUAUUCAUCGCCCAAUUAAUUUAACAUGUCAUAUGAUUAAUGGAAAUCCUACAAAAAUCAAUUUUACUUGGCAUUUACCAAACGAAAAUAUACGUUUAGGACAUUAUUUAAAUAAAACAUCAAGCUAUAUUACAAUAAUACCUAAUUACAAUACUGAUUUUGGUCAAAUUACUUGUCGAGCACAAAACGAAUUAGGUUUAUUUGGGGAAUGUCAUUUUAAUAUGGUUUUAGGAGGUAUACCCGAUCCAAUAGAAUCAUGUCAUUAUACAUAUUUAAAUUCAACAUUAACUGUAAAUUGUAUGGCUGGAUUUCAUCAAGGUGAUGAAGACUUUUUUUGUUAUAUGUAUAAACGACAACAGAAUGGUUCUUAUUCCGAACAUGCUCGUUUGAAAGGUAAUUGUGCAUUUAUUCUUCCUGAUCUUAAACCUGAAUAUCAUCAUGAUUUUCGUGUAUUUACAAAAAAUAAAUUUGGAGAUAAUUUUGAUCGAAGUUAUUCAAUUCAAGUUGGAAAAUCAAGAGUUGAAUCCUUUGCAGAUAAAACUGGUAUUUCUUGGCCUUAUAUGGCUUUAUUUAUUAUCGGUGCAUGUCUUGCUUCAUUUGUUCUAAUUUGUUGGUCUUGUCAUAAACUACGAAAAACAAUGUAUUAUCGGCGAAAAACCGAAACCGAUUUUGACAAUCUUACUUAUCGAAAUCAUAAUUCUCAUCAUUCACAAAAUGGUCCCAAUGGUAAAACAUCUUUAGUACAUUUAAAACAGAAUGGCAAUGGAAUAACAUAUCCUGUUCGUCCUUAUCGUACAAAAGAUUAUAUAGUAUCUUCUGAAGCAUCUACAUUACAUCGUAAUAAUCUAUCCCAUAAAAAUGAAUCUUCAACUGAAGAUGAAAUAAGAUCAAAUCAACGAAGUACAUUAAAAGAAACUGAUCUUGAUCAUAUACUUCAUUUAUCUAAUGAACGUUCAGAUGGAACAAUAUCAACAAUGAAAACUUUACUUAUAAAUCGAAAUCAUACUAUUUAUUCUCCAAUUGAUUCUCAAAAAGAACAAUAUAAUGAAUCAAAUCAAUAUCCAGGAACAAUGCAACGUCGUUCAAGUUUUCAAGUAGCAACAAAAUUAAAUAGUUUAGAUUUUUAUACAACACCUGAAUCAUUUUAUUUUCUUGAUAAACAAGUAAUAAAACCUACUCAACGUAAUCAUUAUUCACCGGAACAUGAACAUAAUCGCGAAAAAAAUCGUGAUCAUUCUUCAUAUACGAAAACAGAUUUUAAUCGACAAAAUAGUCUUAUUGUUGAAAAUCAUUUAUUAACAAAUGAAUAUUUAAAUACAACAAAUUCAACUAAUGAUCAAAAAUGGUCAGAAAUGAAUUCUAUGAAUGACUAUAAUCGAGAAAAUUCUAAAGAUGAUAAAAAAUUUAUUUUAAAUACUAAUGAUAGAAACUAUGAACGCUAUCGUGAUGAUGGUAUUUUUGUGUAA